GUCCCCUUCCUCGUCUUUUCCCCUCAGGAGAAGUCGGGAAGGUGGCGGCGGCGGCGGCGGUUGUCCCGGCCGCGCCGGUUGGUGUCUCCCGUCAGCCCGCGUACCGCAGCGCCCGCGCCGCGUCGAGCCCAGUAGAGCCGAGCCGCUGCGGCCGGGUCCGGCGCGGGCGGCGCGCGCUGACGGAGGGCGGCGGCCGCGGCCAGGGAGGCCCGUGGGACCGCGGGCCCCCGGCGCAGCGCCGCCCGACUCCCGGCCCUGCCGGCCUCCUCCCUUGGCGCCGCGGCCAUGGCGGCCAGCGCGAAGCGGAAGCAGGAGGAGAAGCACCUGAAGAUGCUGCGGGACAUGACCGGCCUCCCGCACAACCGAAAGUGCUUCGACUGCGACCAGCGUGGCCCCACCUACGUGAACAUGACGGUCGGCUCCUUCGUGUGUACCUCCUGCUCCGGCAGCCUACGAGGAUUAAAUCCACCACACAGGGUGAAAUCUAUCUCCAUGACAACAUUCACACAACAGGAGAUUGAAUUCUUACAAAAACAUGGAAAUGAAGUCUGUAAACAGAUUUGGCUAGGAUUAUUUGAUGAUAGAUCUUCAGCAAUUCCAGACUUCAGGGAUCCACAAAAAGUGAAAGAGUUUCUACAAGAAAAAUAUGAAAAGAAAAGAUGGUAUGUCCCGCCAGAACAAGCCAAAGUCGUGGCAUCAGUUCAUGCAUCUAUUUCCGGGUCCUCUGCCAGUAGCACAAGCAGCACACCUGAGGUCAAACCACUGAAAUCUCUUUUAGGGGAUUCUGCACCAACACUGCACUUAAAUAAGGGCACACCUAGUCAGUCCCCAGUUGUAGGUCGUUCUCAAGGGCAGCAGCAGGAGAAGAAGCAAUUUGACCUUUUAAGUGAUCUUGGCUCAGACAUCUUUGCUGCUCCAGCUCCUCAGUCAACAGCUACAGCCAAUUUUGCUAACUUUGCACAUUUCAACAGUCAUGCAGCUCAGAAUUCUGCAAAUGCAGAUUUUGCAAACUUUGAUGCAUUUGGACAGUCUAGUGGUUCGAGUAAUUUUGGAGGUUUCCCCACAGCAAGUCACUCUCCUUUUCAGCCCCAAACUACAGGUGGAAGUGCUGCAUCAGUAAAUGCUAAUUUUGCUCAUUUUGAUAACUUCCCCAAAUCCUCCAGUGCUGAUUUUGGAACCUUCAAUACUUCCCAGAGUCAUCAAACAGCAUCAGCUGUUAGUAAAGUUUCAACGAACAAAGCUGGUUUACAGACAGCAGACAAAUAUGCAGCACUUGCUAAUUUAGACAAUAUCUUCAGUGCCGGGCAAGGUGGUGAUCAGGGAAGUGGCUUUGGGACCACAGGUAAAGCUCCUGUUGGUUCUGUGGUUUCAGUUCCCAGUCAGUCAAGUGCAUCUUCAGACAAGUAUGCAGCCCUGGCAGAACUAGACAGCGUUUUCAGUUCCGCAGCCACCUCCAGUAAUGCGUAUACUUCCACAAGUAAUGCUAGCAGCAAUGUUUUUGGAACAGUGCCAGUGGGUGCUUCUGCACAGACACAGCCUGCUUCAUCAAGUGUGCCUGCUCCAUUUGGAGCUACGCCUUCCACAAAUCCAUUUGUUGCUGCUGCUGGUCCUUCUGUGGCAUCUUCUACAAAUCCAUUUCAGACCAAUGCCAGAGGAGCAACAGGCCUUUCUGGAGCAAUGCAUUCUCAAGUGUUUCCUCACGCUCAUUUUGCGGCAACCUUUGGCACUGCAUCCAUGAGCAUGCCCACAGGAUUCGGCACUCCUGCUCCCUACAGUCUUCCCACCAGCUUUAGUGGCAGCUUCCAGCAGCCUGCCUUUCCAGCCCAAGCAGCUUUCCCUCAACAGACAGCUUUUUCUCAACAGCCCAAUGGUGCAGGUUUUGCAGCAUUUGGACAAACAAAGCCAGUGGUAACCCCUUUUGGUCAAGUUGCAGCUGCUGGAGUAUCUAGUAAUCCUUUUAUGACUGGUGCACCAACAGGACAAUUUCCAACAGGAAGCUCAUCAACCAAUCCUUUCUUAUAGCCUUAUAUAGACAAUUUACUGGAACGAACUUUUAUGUGGUCACAUUACAUCUCUCCACCUCUUGCACUGUUGUCUUGUUUCACUGAUCUUAGCUUUAAACACAAGAGAAGUCUUUAAAAAGCCUGCAUUGUGUAUUAAACACCAGGUAAUAUGUGCAAAACCGAGGGCUCCAGUAACACCUUUUAACCUGUGAAUUGGCAGAAAAGGGUAGCGGUAUCAUGUAUAUUAAAAUUGGCUAAUAUUAAGUUAUUGCAGAUACCACAUUCAUUAUGCUGCAGUACUGUAUAUAUUUUUCUUAGAAAUUAGCUAUUUGUGCAUAUCAGUAUUUGUAACUUUAACACAUUGUUAUGUGAGAAAUGUUACUGGGGAAAUAGAUCAGCCACUUUUAAGGUGCUGUCAUAUAUCUUGGAAUGAAUGACCUAAAAUCAUUUUAACCAUUGCUACUGGAAAGUUACAGAGUCAAAAUUGGAAGGUUUUAUUCAUUCUUGAAUUUUUCCUUUCUAAAGAGCUCUUCUAUUUAUACAUGCCUAAAUUCUUUUAAAAUGUAGAGGGAUACCUGUCUGCAUAAUAAAGCUGAUCAUGUUUUGCUACAGUUUGCAGGUGAAAAAAAUAAAUAUUAUAAAAUAUGCUA